CCAGCUCGAUAAGCUGCUGGGCGAGCAGGGAGGAGAGAAUGGCCCAGGAAACCAGUCUGGGCAGGGUGUUGCCCCGGCUGGAAGCAGCUUUGAGAGUUGGAUGUUUUGCAAGCCGGAGGCUGGCUUCAUGGAGCUGGAGAAGAAACUCAAGAGCUUUUCCCAGAAGAGUGCAGUGCUGAAAGAGGUCUUGCUGGAGUUCAAGGAGAACCUCCGGUUCGAGCUGGAGAAUGACACAGGUGAUCUCUCUCUGGAUCCGGACACUGCCAACCCCUACCUGGUGCUGUCGGAGGACAAGAGGAGCGUGCGGCUCAGGAGUGCUCCCCAGGAGCUGCCGGCAAACCCCAAGAGAUUCGAUUACUCCUUCUGCGUGCUGGCGGCAGAGGGUUUCAUAGCUGGGAGGCAUUACUGGGAGGUGGAGGUGGGAGAUGGAGAGAGCUGGGUCCUGGGGGCAGCCCGCGAGUCGGUGCGGAGGAAGGAGAAAAUCGACUUUGCUCCAGAGGAGGGGAUCUGGGCGGUGGGGUUGAACUGGAAGGGGAAGAAUUGGGAUCAGUAUCAGGCUUUCACCUCCCCGGAGACGCCCCUGUCCCUGUGUGAGAGGCCCAGGAAGAUCGGGGUGUACCUGGACUACGAAGGUGGGUGGGUGGCGUUUUACAACGCCGAUAACAUGGCUCCCAUCUUCACCUUCACAGCCGCUUUCACCGAAAAGAUCUUUCCUUUCUUCUGGCUCUUCUAUGUGGGCUCCUCGCUCUCCCUUUGCAAUUGACCCGUCCAGUUUCUUUAACCCUCCCCAAGGUGACCUGCAAGUAGUGCCCGAUCCUGUCCCCUUUUUCCCCUUGCUUUCAGACGAAGGACCCCGAAACUCAUGACUGUCCCUUGUUCGGCUUUGGGGUUAACUUUUUCUUGUUGGAUUUAAAAGUUUGGGGUCUCUUUUACCCUGAAAACCUUCCUCUGGGGCAUCAACCGUUGAGGGUGGCUGCUUAAAUAGCCUCUGCAUGGGGUUAUUCCCCCCCCUCUGGCCUGCUGUAUAAGCAACCCCAUAUAUUUUGUUUUGUUUUUGUUUGAAGUUGGCUGCCCCAUGUAAACAGGGAUGUAACCAGGGAGAAAAGCUACCUUAGGGGUUUAUCGCGUCCUGCAUUGAUCCGUAGCCAAAGCCGCCUGCUUUUGUGCACCCCGGGAAGCUCUCGAGGGCUAGCAAACCCGCGUGAGGAGGAGAGGUACCGUACCCAACCCCUGAUUUCUGAGACCGUUGCUCUGCAGGUCACCUUUUAGCUUUUCCCCCUCACCCCAUCCUCGCUUUCCUUUCCUCGGGAAAGGGCCGAAGCCCGUCUUUCGCUGCCGCUAGCGCUAAGAGAGCAAAACCCCGCCAUCUCCCUUGCCACUUCCCCCACCCCCCUCGCUUCGGGAGGG